AUCAGCGUUCAGGUGAUGCGGCGGCAGGGGAAGAAGGCACACGGUUGAAACCAUGGCACCAAGAAGGAUAAGGAAAGUCAGCAAUCAUGCAGAAGGACACACAGAUGGUCAAUUUAGCAAGGAGAUGCGCCAAAAGCAAGGGGCACUUUUUAUUCAGCAGUUCGAGAAAGAAGCACAAGAACGUAUAAACGAGAUGGAGGAAAAAUUGGAGCAGAAUCUUGCAACAGUAGAUCGGGUUUUCAAAGUGGAAUUGAUGAAAAUGCCACCUGCGCUUCAAAAAACCGUGAUGAUAGAUUUAAUAAAUGCGGAUGACAUUUCGGCAGGUAAUGUCACCAUCGCCAUAAAGACCGAAUCACCCGAGAUACACCAGCCUCUCACAAGGAAGGUCAGUAAAGUCAAAGUAAGUGAAGGUGCAUCGUCUCAUAAAAGGAAGACUACAACAGAACCAUCAAAGGGUUCCAAGAAAGCCAGAUCACUUGCCAAUGGCUCAAGCACUGGAAGCCUACGGUGUGCCACAUCCACAAGUACUAAAAGAACCAAAACUCGCAUUGCCAAAAUCAGUGAUCAAUCUCCACUGACUGGGACGAAACACAGAUCUGUUUUGCGGUCAGCCAGUGAUGACCACCUGUAUUGCUCCCUGUCUGGAUUGUCUCCACAUGUAAUGAUCUCUACAUCCCAUGGAGAGACUUUGUGCCUCUCGGAUGAUACUGUUGAAGAUGUCGACAUCGGGUUACUGGAUGAUAUGGCCGUUCUCCAGAUGCAGAAGUUGAUGAAACUGAUGGACUACCUUUUCAACAAAGUCAAAGCGAAUCAGCCUAUGAAUGAGACUGUGCAAUGAUACCAAGACAUCUAACAUUGUUCCACUAAUGCCACCUAUGCAUGUUUUACUUUCAAAUUAAAAGUUUAUUCAAUAAAUA